AUGGAUCGGCCUGAUUUUAUAUCUCUGUUCUGUUUACUCUGUUUGUUUACAGGUUUACAAAGUAGCUCUGUACAAUUAACAGAGGCUUCCUGCGAUUAUAGCACCUUUAAGCGCGUUGAUAAUUUUAAUAUUUCGAAGUUUUUAGGGGUAUGGCAUGAAAUCAAAUAUGUUUUGAGUUUUACGGAAGAGCCAGGGACUGAGUGGACCGAUUUUGAGUUACAUUUUAAAGAAGAUGGUGGGCAUAUAACAGAUAACAUUAUAGCCAGAAAUGGAUCAGGAAUCUGUAUUUAUCAUCAAGACAAAAUUCAACCUAAAUCAUUUGGCUGGACACAGCCUAUAGAAGGCCAAUCCGUCGAUCGUGAUUGGAUCGUCUUCGACACCGAUUAUACCAGCUAUGCCUUCUUGUAUGGUUGUUGGACUGGAAAUACGACCACGUGUGUCGAUGGACGAAUAUGGAUUAUCAGUAGGACACAGAAAAUGUCUCAAGAACGCCUGGAUCAAGCUCAGGCAAUGGCGGAAGCAGUGUGUAUGACGCCUUUAAAAACUACUAAGUUUGUUAAAAGCUGUCCAGCGGGUAAGUUUGGAAUAAUUUCAGUAGGAUAUCAAAGAGGACACGAAGCUGAAAAACUUCCUUUACCGUAUAAUUGCGAAUAUAACGCGCAUCCUUUUUUACCUCCAGGAAACGUCAUGUCAUAA